UCGACGCCGGACGAAACAGUUCACUGUCAAGCAUUGCGCUGUUUAGUGAAUGGUUUACUGUAUGUUUAUAUUUCAAUGACAUGUGCUGAUAGGUAAAAUUAUGCUUUCAUAACUUUUGAUGAUGAUUGUGGAAAGGUGAGCUGUAUUUUACGACGCACAGAAGUAGCUGGCCUUGAAUGUUAAGAUAGUAUGAAUAAAGUGUAUCUACCCUGUAAAUCCACUGCAUGGGUAGUUGUGAGACACAAUUGUACUGGUCUCUUACGAAACUUCUCAUGCAUUGAGCAUCUUUUUACCCGGACUAUUUUCCAGUUUCCGCGAAAAAUGUCUACGAACCCAACAGGUAGACAAAUUCCUGGAUCAAAGAAAUCUAGAGCACCUAAAGAAACACUACGGCACGUGAAGUCUAGAGAACAGAGGAAACGUGCAGUGGAUGUGCAUGGACCAGCAAUUGUCUAUGCGCAGGUCGUAGGGGCCGGGACCCGAGAUAAUGGACCGUCUCUUUAUGUCUUUUCUGAGUUCAAUAGGUACCUAUUCAACUGUGGUGAGGGUACACAGAGACUUAUGCAAGAGCACAAGUUGAAAGCUGCUCGGUUGGACAAUAUUUUCAUCACUAGAAUGAGCUGGGAUAAUGUUGGUGGUCUAUCAGGCAUGAUAUUGACACUGAAAGACACCGGAGUCCCUGAGGUUGUUCUCUCUGGGCCACCACAACUAGAGAAAUAUGUCAAUGCCAUCAGGGUAUUCUCUGGACCACUGGAAGAAAUCAAGCUAGCUGUUCGACCAUGCACUACUCAGACACAAUACACAGAUGACACAAUGACCGUUACUCAAAUACCAAUACGUGCUGAUCUCAAAGGAGAGACACCCAAGAGCUCCCCUAACUCCGGAAAGAGCAGCCCCUCCAGAAGUCCUCAGAACAAAGAGCUGCGGAUGUCUGCGGACACUGAGGACACCAGCACAGACAGCAGGAGGGGGAGAGAAACCAGCCCAGGUCACCCCACAGGAUUUCUAUUGGGCUUAGGUGGAAAAAGGGAAGUAACAAGAGAUCCGGCUUUGAUUGUGGCAUUUGUUUGUAAGCUUCAUCCAAAGAAGGGAAAUUUCUUGGUUGCUCAAGCAAAAGAACUUGGAUUACCAGUUGGGACUGCAGCAAUAGGUCGACUCAUUGCUGCUCUAAAGGAUGGGAAAAGUGUGACUUACGAAGGAAGAGAGAUCCGUCCUGAGGAGGUGUGCACGCCCACUGAUCCAGGACCAGCCUUUAUUGUGGUCGAGUGUCCCUCGGAGGAGUUUGUCCAACCAGUCUGCAACAAUCAGCAGCUCAGCAGAUACCAGGCUGGAGGAACAGAAGACCCUGCUGCCUUAGUUGUCCACAUGACCCCAGAAAGGGUUCUGAAAAACGACGAAUACAAGCAAUGGAUGGAAAGAUUUCCGUCAACCACUGAGCACCUGAUCCUGAAUGAACAAGUGUGUACCGUUCACAACGUCAGGAGCCACAAGAUUCAGACUCAGCUCAGUUUGAUUCAUCCAGAGAUAUUUCCGGAGCUGAAGCACUACAAAACAAAGGAAACCCAGGCUACCAUGCAUAUCCCAAAUGUCAGGGCUGAGUGUCUGUUGAAGUUCCAACUAAGACCCAAGAUUGAAUGGCAAAGGGAUGCCAUCCCCUCAUGUGACAUUGAGGAGUUUGUGAAAGAGGCUGCCGAAGCCCCUAACUUUCUUCAGGAAGUGGAGAAGUGCAAGCAUUUCUGUGCGACUGAUGCUGCAGUGCUAUCAGGACGGGCAGAAAAAUACCCAGAGGUGGUUUUCUUAGGGACUGGAUCUGCUCUUCCUAUGAAGAUCAGGAACGUCAGUGGUACCUUGGUCAAUAUCAGUUCCACUCAGUCAGUGCUGCUGGACUGUGGAGAGGGCACCUUUGGCCAGCUUUGCAGACAUUAUGGGGACGGUGUAGAUGAGACUCUUGCAAAGAUCUCAACUGUCUUCAUCUCUCACAUGCAUGCGGACCAUCACACAGGAUUGUUGAGUUUGCUGUUUCAGAGGGAGCGAGCCAUGACAGCGCUUGGGAAAGCUUUCAGCCCGACUUAUCUGGUGGCCCCUGUCCAGAUAAUGACUUGGCUCAACCAGUACCACGACCACUGCGAGGAGAUUCUCAGCCAUGUCAACAUUGUCCCUAGCAAAGUCUUGUGCGAGGGGGCCGAGUUGCCCAAGUCAAAUACCACAUCCGUCAUCCAAGCACUGCUGAAGAAAUCCGAUUUAGGAAAGUUCCAGACCUGUCCAGUGCGUCACUGUAAGAAUGCCUACGCCUGCAGCAUCACUCACCAGUCUGGCUGGCAGCUGGUCUUCUCUGGGGACACCAUGCCCUGCGACGCCCUUGCAAACAUGGGGAAAAACGCGACGUUACUUAUUCAUGAAGCCACGUUGGAAGACGGAUUGGAGGAUGAGGCUGUGGAGAAGAGACACAGUACCACCUCCCAGGCCAUCGGUAUUGGAAUGAAGAUGAAUGCGGAGUUCAUCAUGCUGAACCACUUCAGCCAGCGCUAUGCCAAGAUUCCCCUCUUCAGUGAGGACUUCAACGACAGGGUGGGAAUAUCUUUUGACCACAUGCGGAUCCGGUUUGGAGACUUCAAAAUCCUCCCUAGACUCAUUCCACCCCUCAAAUCCCUGUUUGCAGAGGAGAUCGGAGAAAUGGAGGAGAGGAGAGAGAAGAGGGAGCUAAGACAGAUGAAAGGAGUUAGUCCUGAAAGCAUGGAGGAACAGAGCACCCUCAAUGCGGUCGAGUUGGGCAAAGGUUCCAAACGAGUGCCAGAGGAACCGACCCCUGAUGUGGGAAGCAAGAGACUCAAAGCUAACUAAUACCCCUUCCAAAGAAUUAGAUUAGUGGAAAUUAUAUUACUGUUAUUUUACUGGGACAAAUCUGUUUGCUUUCUGAAAAUGAAUUUCAUGAGAGGCUUGCAUGAUAAAUUCUCUGUAAAAUAAUAAUUUCUUUUUUCAUUUGACCGGAGUGGCUUUGUUUGCAUGGAAAUAAAGAGUCUACUUCUCAGGUAAUUUCCAUUGCUGUGUAUAUGUACAUGCUAUUAGCAUAUGCAAGUCUUUUGAUUUUGCAUUUAACAAUAAAGUUAAGUUGAUCUCCACAGAA